AUGGAUGUCACUGUGCAGCUCCCCACUGAUCCCGUCGAGCGGCGUCGCGUUCAAAACCGCAUCGCCCAACGCAAGUUUCGUCACAAGCGGCUCCAGAACCAAGCUUCAUCAUCUACGCCAAAUCGCCGUUCCUCUGCUGGCCAUUCACGGCGCCCAUCAUCAUCCAACACAGUCGAGCAAGCCACGUUUACGCCGCUCGUCUCUGGUGCACCGCCUUCGCCGAGCUUGUUCGGAUGCAUCGACACUAGGGUUGGUCCCGAUGGACUGCCCACGACGCCGGCUACCGUGUCGAUAGACGACUUUGCCUUUGACGUGUAUUUUGACGGCAGCUUUGAUUCGUACUAUGACAUUCCCAGCCUGCCUACCGAAUUGCCGAGCCAGUCCUUGUCGUGCGACCAGAGCUUUUCUGCGCCGACGGUAGUGCGCACGUCGUAUCCUGGCUUGCCCACACCUCAAGCUACCGUUCUAGCUUCGUAUGCGUCGUCGUCGUCGUCGUCCGGUCGCUCGCAUGGGACUCCUGUCGGCGAAGGAUCAGCAUCAGCCUCGUCUAUCGACAGCGUGUCUCGCCCAGGUUCUCAGCGCAGAGCCACCUUUGACGCGCAGGCCACCAAUAUCGACACCAGCCCUCGGAUGGAGAUAGCAGGAGAAGCCCAAACUAGCGUCAGUGACGGGAACGGCGCAAAGUGUGACAAAGGGUGGAUGAGCACCAUUCACAUUGCGGUGCAAAGCGGAAACGAGCGAAUCCUCGGCAUGCUGCUACGGCAGGACACUGAAGGCAUCAACUGUCCAGAUAGUAACGGGCGGACACCGCUUUUCCACGGAGCUAUCCAGGAAAAUGAGCCGGUUGUGCAGAUGCUGCUGUCUCAUGGUGCCCGCAUCGGCUUGCUCGACAAGGAAGGCCGCUCACCACUGCACUGGGCCGUGCUAUACCGUCGACUGGAGGUUCUGAGGACGCUGCUAGAGCACUGGAAUAAGCACGAGAGGAAUAAUUUCGACAUUGAUGCCCACGAUAAUGUUGGCUGGACGCCACUACAUCUCGCAGUCGAGAGACGGUUCGAAGCAGGCGUACUGCUGUUGAUGCAGAACGGAGCCAACAUAAAGGCCCGGGCCAAACUGUGUCCACACACCGGCAAACCGAUACCAUUCAACGUGGAGCCGCUUUGA